ACAACUAUCUGCUGAGCAGCAUUCAUUCGUCUAAAGAUGCGAACUUUUCUUUUAAUAAUUAUAGUUAUCUGCAUAACAAGGCCCAGUUUAUCCAAAAACUGUGACCUUUUUUUGCGCGAAUUGGCUAACGCUCAAAAGGACUUCAUUUACUGCAACACAAGGUUCUCAUUACCUGUAAAUGAGAUUCGCCUGUGCAAUGCAUGCAAAGUAACAUUUGACCUAAUGUCAACCGCAUACAAUAAUCUGAUGAAAUUUGAAAACUGUUCCAAGAUCUACACAGAUGCAGAUCGCUUGAAUAUACUAACAACCACACAAAGUUUGAUGCAGGGGCUCUGGGACCGAGCCUAUUGUGAUGAGUGCUUCAAACACAACAAUUCCGAUAUCUUCACAAACACGUAUCGGGAAUUCUCGAGCUGCUUGAGCGAAAAUCCCAGCAAUAAGUGCAGCAAGUGUGUCGUGCAGUACAUAGUCAUGAACAACUUUUACAAGAAUUUGGACAAGGAGAGCAAAGGCAAAAUAUGCUUUGACAUGCAGGAUAUUAUGAAUAAAACGCGCGUUUUAUGGUCCAAGGAUCUUAAAUGCUGUCAGCGUGAGGUGAAAAUGACAACAUUUCUAAUAACUGUAGUCGUUGUCGCUGUGGUGCCAAUUCUUUUUCUCUACAGCGGCGCCAUUGUGCUCACGAAGAGGCGCGAGGCUAAUCACGGACUGCUCAACGAGCAGGAACCAGGACUGGACGCGCCUUCCACACAUCAGCUCAUUACAGCUGCAUUAAUGUCAACGCCGGCGGAGCCGCCAGCUGUUACGGACGCAAAGCUUAAUAAAAUAUCGAAAGUGUUAAACACUAGCUAUUCAGAUUCAUCGAGCGAUGAUGAACCAGUUCUGAAUCCUAAGACUAAGCAAACGACUGUUAGGGGAUUCACCGUUAUAAGUGCUUGCGCAUGACAUACACUCACAUAAACACAUAAACACAUGAAUGCUGUGUCAUUUUUAUAUGAAAAGUAAUAAUAAUCUACUAUAUAAAUUAGUGUAAACUUUACUAACUAUUUCUGUUUAAGUUUAUAUUUUAAUAUUGAUCAAGAAUCUCUUUUUCACUAUUUGCGCUUAACAAUGAAUAUAUACAGGUUGUUCUUAAGAUAUAAUACAAAAA